UUGAUUGCGGAUGAGGUGUUGAAGAAGGAGGCCUGGGAAUGCCCCAAAUGCAGGAAUGACUGCAACUGCAGUAGGUGCAAAACUAGGAAAGGGGAGGCGCCGACGGGGCGAAUGGUCCGUGCUGCCAAGAGGCCGAAGGUCAACCUGGUACGAACUAAGAGCAAUGAUGCUCUCAAGGAUGAAAUAGUUGUACCCAGGGGUACUCUCGUGACUUGCAUUGCAGGUAUGAAGCUGCAGUAUGAAGAUGUUGGUGCUGCUAUUCAAUUUCUGGAGUUCUGCCGCUCAUUUGGCAAGAUCUGCAAAAUAGGGAAGGGGCAACCAGAAGAAACUCUCAGACACUUAACUCAACACAAAGAGGUGUCUUCAGUUGUUGCUGACGUUCACAUAAAUCUUCUGUCUGUCAUAGAAAAUGGCAAACUCAACCGUUCUGAUAAGUAUCCAAGACAUGGAGAUGAAUGGAUAAGGAAAGUAGGCGAGUACAUCUCUUUGACAUUCCAUGCAGAAGAUUUCACCCUUCGGUGCUUAAAUCAGGGGGUAUCAGGAUAUAGAAGUCUGAACCCUUCUUGUAAGCUGGAGGUUCUGAAUUGUCUGUGUGAUGAGGCAUUGUCUUCUGAAAAGUUGAGGACCUGCAUUGACAAUAAAGAUAGAAAAUGUGUGGCCACACAAGAAAUCAAAGCUGCAACCAGAAAGCAAAAGGAGCUAAAAAGAAGAUACGAUGACAUGACUAAAACAAUCCAAGGAGGAGAUACUGCUAACAAUGAGGAAGCUAAUGAUAUCCUUUCUCAAAUAAAGGAAGCAGAAGAAGUCAAGCAGGCUGCCCAGAAUGGUCUGUGA